AUGCUGUGGUUCCCGAAUUCCGCGCUGCAAAGACCUUGGAGAAACGGCGUUGCUCGCUUGCAACAACUUCUCAAAUGCUCUUGGUUCUGGAAUGCCACGCAGGCAGAAGCCCUGGCAAAUACUGUGUUGCUCGUGGUGAGUAAAGUUGUGUACCCGAAAUCCGUGCUUGCGUUCAAACACCGUGCAGAACGCAAAUACCGUGCCACUCGAAUACCACGCAAAUACCGUAGUACCCGAAUUCCACUCUUGCAAAAUCCUCGUAAUCGUCAAUACCGCGACGAUCGUAGUGACAGAAUUCGACGCUUGCAAUCCCUGGCAACGAGUAUCGUGGUCAUGGAAUGCGGUGCGCGACAAGCAUUGCAGAGCCUCGCCAUCGUGGUGACGCACGCCCGUGCUUGCAGCAUGCAAUGUGUAUAUGGUUGGGAGAAGAUCCGUAUGCAUGCCACAAACAUGCUGACAAAGGCGGCCCGAUGUUGCGAGGAUCCGGUUUGGUGA